CAUGACCAUCAUGAGGACCAUGAGCGAGCGGUCACUGGACCGUGGCCGCGUCGGGCUCCUCAACUUGCUCAGUGAACGAGUCCACCCUGACCGCUCGCCCGUCAAGUCCCUCAAUAAGUCUCCACUGGGAGGUACUAACAGCGCUAAGAUAGGUGGGGGGCUGACCGGCGUGGAGAGGGCGCUAGAGAUCGCCAGGGAGAACGUGAGAGCCUCGCUAAACAAGACGGAGACGAAGAGACGCGAGGCGGUGUGGGACCUCUUCCAGUCAGAGUGCGCCUUCCUCUACGACCACCUCAUGGUCCUCAAAAACGUGUACAUGGAGCCACUCAAGAAAAUCCAGGUAGACGGAUACGCUAUGUUCGCCGAGCCUGAGUUGUUGUUUGGUAACCUGGACGAACUCUGUUGUGUGACGUACGCGUUCUGUAAGGAAUUCAUUAAUCUGCUGGAACAACACCAAGUUCCUGUUGGUCAGCUGGACACUACCAAUGUGCUGGUCAAGCUCUUUCAGAAGGGCAGUAAGGCCACCAUGCUGUGUCAAGCCUACCAUCGCUACGCACUUAACUACAUCAACGCACUUAACUACCUCGAGACCCUCAGACGCCAACUAGAAUUCUGUGAAUUCGAAAAGUGGUGUAACAGAGACCCUCGGUGUAAGAAGCUGCAGCUGACGGACCUACUAGUGGCGCCGGUACAACACAUUAUGAAGGUACCACUAAUUCUCAGAGACAUUGAGGGAAGGACAGAGGACCCACAAGAACGCGCAGUAGUCAGGGAGAUUAUUGAAGCCGAAGAACAUUCUCUCAGGGAGUUGGACGACAAGAUGAAAUGGCUUAAGAACUUUGAACGUUUACUAGAAAUCCAGAGAAACAUCGUGUGGCCGCCUGUUACUGAACUCGACCCCAAAGUUUACAUUCCGGAGUUCCUAAAGGGGGCCAUAUCACGACAACCGUGUGAGCGACUGAUCGUCUCCCCGCGACGACAGAUCAUCCUGGAAGGGUCACUACACAUGUUAGACAACAACAAACCACAGGAGAUGUACGUCAUACUCUUCGACGACAUGUUGCUCAUCACCAGGAGGAAGAAAGGACUACACAAAAAGAAAUCAUCGCUGACGGAGAACUGGCCAAGCUCUUGUUCCAGGGGGUCGACGGGUAGUGACUCCGCCCUUCGCUAUAUCGUGUACAAGCAGCCACUCUCCCUCGAUCGAUUCUUUAUCCAUGAUGUGACCCCUCACGAGUCCGCUGCCUCUAAGUUGGAAGCCGCCUUCGUCUUGGUCAACCUCAACCGCUUCCAGCAGAUUGUCGCUGUGUACACCUUCCAGGCACAGACGGAACAGAUCAAGCAAACUUGGUUGCUGAAGCUGAGAGACACACAGGACAAGUGGAAGAGGACUCUACAGAACACGGUGUUCCGGUCACAGCGGCUCUCAUCCUCAGCCACUACGCCUCCCAGGAGUUCGCAGAUCCUGAAGGAGGCGAGCAUCCACAGAGAGUAUCCGUGAACCACACCAAAGAAGCUUUAAUAAUUCAUCUGCACAGUUCUGCUUCUCGGCCACAAUGCCUCUUCCAGUGGCCUGACGGUCUCCAGUAUCCAUAGACAAUAACUAGGCACUACUGCAGUGAACCGCCGGGCUAUCUCCGCGAUUCCUAAGGGGUCACGGAUCCUGAAGGACGUCAGCAUCCAUAAGGAAUUGUCCUUUAUCCACUGCAGAGAUCCUUCGGGUCAUCUCCAUGGAUUCAGCACACGCAUCUAGCUCUUGCCUGCUUCGCCAUUCACGAACCACCGCAAGACGUUUUAACACAGCAUCAGACCCGUGGUGCUCGAGACAGACCUCCGCUGGCCCGUCAGUAUACAUAAUCAACUCCGUCAGACGCUGUUACAUACCGAUAUACAUUUUUUAUCCAUCACCUCAGAUACACAAUCCAUUCUCAGUACUCUUAUAUACAGAUGUCCUCCAGUUCCUUUAAUACAUCGUACCUCUAAAUACAAAAUAAUAAUUUAUAGGAAAAAUAUAUAUGUGCACGUUUCCUACAUCAGUGUAUUGAAUUAUUCAGUGAAACCAAUUGCUUCCCCUCCUCCUCCUCCUCCCACUGUUUCUUCCUCCCUACCCAACACCACAACCCCCUGCCCUCUACUUACACACAACCACAUACACUCAGCGACCACUUAUAUCAGCGGACACUCAACAAGAAGGACCAUCAGUUGACAAUAAACACAUCCGUAGCGGUCACAGUAAAGGUAACCGCUGUUCAUUACCGCAGAUGGUAAGACCCUAUUAACUAUCCCGGCCAAGAAUAAUAUUAGUUAUUGACGAUUAUUUUAUACACUUAUAAGGUGACGGCAUAGUUCCAGGGUCAGUGAUGUUAUAUACAGUACCUGGCCAGCCCCGUGACCAGUCUGGAGAGAUACGCUUAUUAAUAAUAUCAUGCCUUGAAUGUUAUUUAUCUAUAUCGUUAUUGUGAGGUGACCAGGUGUAGGCAAGACAACACGGGUGGGACGGUGUAUAUGUCCCUGGUGUUGAUCAUUCCUCGGUUUCUAUUCAUAUUAGCGUGUGAUGCAAUGGAUUCCUUUUAACUUGAAUGCACAGUCUAUUAAUGGUCAACCCACAUCUAAUAUGAAGUAGUGAAUUGCAUUAUAAGUCAGUGUUCUAUUGCACACACUCUCAACAGUCAGACUCAACAGGUCAUGUCCAGUCGACUAAUAUUCUUACCUCAGCAAUUAACAGUAAGGAGACAGACGAUAGCAAUGAAGGCUAAACACUCUGUCUGACCUUGUUUGCAAUACACACCUGUGACGCGAGUUGUCAGGUGACCAUUGUAGCGGUGUCAGGGGUAGUGGUGGUGCCCCACUACACAGCGCUAAGGCUGCUCUAAAUGUGAUAAAUAAACCUAUAUUACCCCUGUAUCAUCUACAACAACUUUGUAGGUUAAUAUUAAAAAAAAGUCUCAUAGAAUUGUAUAAAGUAUUUUGAAGUAAUAUUUAUAUAUGUUUGUACCCCUUCUCUACCCUUUCUACGUACAGGUCUCGUGUAAGUUUUUUUACAGGGUUUCUGUACACGACGUAGGAUGUGAUGAACGCCCCCAGGUGCUGCUCCGUAAGGUUGAUAAAUACUAGUACUGUGAAUAGGAAAACAAGCCUUAAAUGACUGUCCUCCUGGGGGUCAUCACAGUGUUCUCCUCACGUGCUGACAACAUUGUGAUUUUUGUAUAAAAAAAAUAAUGAACAAACGUCGGAUUGGCUGGCGUGUUUAAGACACUCGUGUCGCCCAGGAAUAACAAAUAACACCUGAUGGAAGUUAAUUGACAAAAGAAAACAGAAACAACUCGAAAAAUAAUGGAAAAUAAAGAGAAAUAAAGGAAAAGGAGGAACAAUAAAGGCCGAAGGAAAAUAAAUAUAAACAGAAACCGCAAUACAUAACAAAAUCUAAAGUAAAAAAAAAAAAACACUCCAAGGAACUGAAGUUAUUAUGUGUAUUAUUUCUUAACUUCUAAAAUUCCUAAAUUCAGUCAUAAUCAUUAUCUGUGUUUGACUAUUAAAUGUUUCAAGUGAUUUCAAUAUUAAGAAACAAGACCCUGAAUGAACGUCACAUUUUCACACCCAAAGCCUUCACCUUAGAAACUCUCAUGACUGUGAAGAAUAACAUAUGUUAAUACAGUAACGUUGAUCUAUACUGUACAGUCAACAAGCUCACGCGGGGGUGUGGGGGAGGGGACUUGGUGUUUCUUCCUGGACAGCCCCCCCCACCCCUCCACCCUCCCCCUCCACAUAUAUGAUCUAGAUUCCUCUCUUAGCCUCCAGCAGGAAGCAAACUGUUGUUAUGGGUUGUGGCACAUGAGAGCUGUACAGGGCUGUGUGUAUGAGUGUGUCGACAAUAGAGAGGAGAUAUAUUGCACUAAAGGUCGAGAAUUAGUGUGUGUGUGGUGUGAAAGGUUUUGGCAGUUGUUGUUCGCAUGUGACAGUUCUCCUUCACUCGACCGUGUUUAUAGGUCAUCACUCCCUUUCGUUCGCUGGGUUGCCUUGUAAUGCUGUAUAUUUCCUACAGUUUAAAAAAAAUUAUUUAUGUGUAUCAUCAUGUUACAUAAAUCUGGCUGUAAAUAUUUCUUUGGCUGUAAGGACCACUUUUUGUACUUUAUCAAUGCCCUGUAUUAGAGAUUUUCUUGGGAGCUCUGUAAAACGCGAAGUGGGUCUUCGGAGUCACGUUCAGGCCUGGCAACUAAUACCUCUUCCCCAUAACAAACAAUUACUGACAUUAUAAACAUAGAUAUUAUAAUAUUCAAGACUCGAGAUCAAUUAUGAUUAAAAGCACAAGUUCUGAAUCUAAUUUCCCAUCCAUAUACAGUAGGCAUUAUUUCUUGAAACCCGGUUGUAAAUUAAGAAAAAUAAAUACAUUUAAUUAUCUAUGUAAAUCAAUGCAAACUUCAUAUUGCUGAUAACGUAGGAAAUUUAUUGGGAAUAUCUGUAUAUGUGUAAACAAAAAAGAAUCAACACAGCAUCAGUAUUUUGUUACAGUUAACUUGUAGAAAAAUCAAUACCCGACGCCAUUGAUUUUGGAAAUUCUUCUUUUUACUUUUUUUUACAAGAAAUAUUAAGCCAUUGGCACCAAACUACUUGUGCUGGUCAGUCCAAGGACAUCACUAUGCCAAUAAUAAUUUUCAUUCACCUCCCUUCUCCGGACGCAUCCUUCUGGGGAGACAGGAUGCCACCGGACUCAUGAAGGUGUUACAUGGGGGAGAGGAGCACACAACACCUAGAACCUCCCUCUGACCACCCCCUCCGCCUCCCUUGGUCGCCCUCCUAUUGCUAUGAGAUGAAACAUAUUUGAUGGUAUCUUUUGUUCCCUGCAAAUAAUAACAACUCUUACAAAGGUCAUGUUAUUUCCGCUACGAAUAUAUAUAUAUAUAUAAACGAAACCAGAGAAGUACAUCAAUGUGUGUGGGAGACGAUUUUACGGCUGUCAUUGAUGAGUCGCAGAGACGCAACAAAAUAAAGGGCGAACAAGACACACUCACCAGAUCAGUGAAGUGUCUUGAAAAUAAAACUCAUCUUGUUUGAGUGUCUCUCAAUGAAGAAAAAGCCGUAAACCCUCAGUUUAUAUAACCCGGGUAUAUAUACUGUAUAAAUAAAAAGCCUCGUCCUACUGAAAUAAAAUUCUUUGCCUUUAAAUACCCGUGAGAUGCGUUCUUUUCCCUCGCCAUCUUGUAUAAAGAACGGUCCAUUUCGAGAGCUUCAUUUUCGGCUUUCAGAUUUCUCCUUUAGGUGUCACGUAAAAUGCCCGCCCACCGCCCCGCCCUCUGUGUGUGUGUGUCGAGUGUUGGUCUUGGUGGGCACACAACAUGGUUCUCUCACGUCUGAACCAUGCAAGAAUUAUAAAAAAAAAAAAUAUCCGACGUACCUAAACCAAACCCAAAUUCAUUAAACUCAAUAAUCCAAAUUCUAAUAAAAUUUAAAAAAAAAUCGAUUUGCGGUUAGUAAAAUAAGACAAGACAAAUAAGUUAAAGAAAUCUUAUCCAUGUCAGUCUACAAGGGCCGUAGAAGCUGCGACUAACAACAGAGACACUCAUUACCAGACCUCCUCCCACGGACCGUCACACCCAGCCUACAAGCUGCUCCUGGUAUCCACAAGACUGUCAUUAAUACCAUAGCCUUGUGGACAUCAGGUUAAUGAUACUAGACUAGAGGCUACAGGAGGCUGGGGAUGACCGGUCCUCCGCCAAGGGUAGAAGAGGAAGGGACAUAUAUAAAUCGAGUUUCUCUGUGUUACCAAAAUUUCUACUCGCGUGUCAUAGGGCUUCUAAAAACAAGACUGACACGCGCUGAAGGAGAGAGUAAAUUCUACCAAUAACACAAAUGAUUAUUCGUUUUUAGCCGAGUUGUAUCCGCGUCUUGGCUAAUUGGGAAAUAUAAACAAAAAAUACGUGCUUAAUUUAAUAUACUGGAAGGUGCCAAAAGUAGCCUGAAGAAUUUAGGCAAUGAAUGUAGGUCUAUUGUUUAUACAUUGUACAAAUAAAUGUGUCAUAAA